AUGGCACCCAGCUUCGAUACGCUCUCAGAGCAGGACCUCCACGAAGAGGAAGUAGAAAUCGACUUUUCAGGUACGGAUCGCGUUUCCCCCAGCUCGACUUGGGACCCCUCGCUAACGGCCUGUCGUGCCGCCAUUCUAGAUCUCAAAGCGCAAUAUGAAGUUAGGCUGGAGGAAGGCCUUGAUGCAUUCGUUGUGAUCGAUGGGCUCCCAAUCGUCCCCGAGGACAGCAAACCGAAACUCAUCAAGUUCUUGUUGAAGAAAUUGAACACCGUCGGGAGAACGAGGGAAGAUGCCAUCUUCAUGCCCCUAAACGAAAAGGGAAUGUCUGAAGGGUUUGCUUUUGUCGAAUACGAUACCCCAGAGCAGGCAAUCGCAGCGACAAAGCACUUGCACGGCACGCCCUUGGAUAAGAAACAUACGCUAGCAGUCAACAAGCUGACGGAUAUCGAUCGCUAUGGGCGGGAGGGCCGCAUUGAUGAGGAGUACACCCCGCCCAAGAUCGAACCGUUCCAGGAGAAGGAGCAUUUGCGAUCGUGGCUCGGAGACCCCAAUGCUCGAGACCAAUUUGCAAUGUACCGCGGUGACAAGGUGGGCGUCUUCUGGAAUAUGAAGAACAACCCGCCGGAGAACGUGGUCGACCGUGAUCAUUGGACCCAACUAUUCGUACAAUGGUCCCCUCUAGGCACUUACCUCGCCUCCGUGCACCCUCAGGGCGUGCAGCUUUGGGGCGGACCGCAGUUCAAUAAACAAAAACAAUUUCCCCAUCCUUUUGUUUCACUGAUGGAGUUUUCGCCCGGCGAGAACUAUCUCACCACCUGGUCCAGCCGCCCAAUUCAGCUAGAUGGCCCUCCGGGUAUACUCUCGUAUGAGGAGGAAGGGAAAAAUAUCAUCAUUUGGGACAUCACUACGGGAAAGCCACUCAGAUCAUUCGUUUCUCAUGAACUUGCCGCUCCGGCGGCGGAUGGUGACGCGGCGCAGGCUAAGAAAAAAGUUCAAUGGCCAGCGUUUAAAUGGUCCGCCGAUGAGAAAUAUGUCGCCCGCAUGCUCCCAGGCCAAUCAAUCUCCAUCUAUGAGCUACCUCGGAUGAAUCUCCUAGAUAGGACGUCGGUUAAAAUUGAAGGUGUUAUGGAUUUCGAAUGGUCGCCGGCAACUGUUCAACGUGAAGGUGUCAAACAAUACGAACAACUGCUCUCGUUUUGGACUCCGGAAGUCGGAAACAACCCGGCAAAGGUUGGAUUGAUGAGCGUGCCAUCCAAAGAAAUUGUUAGGACCAGGAAUCUUUUCAACGUCUCCGACGUCAAAUUGCAUUGGCAGUCCCAAGGAGUGUAUGUGUGCGUUAAAGUCGACAGACAUUCCAAAUCCAAAAAGUCUUUGGCCACGAACCUCGAAAUUUUCCGUGUCCGCGAGAAGGGUGUGCCCGUCGAGGUUGUCGAUUCACUCAAGGACACUGUCAUUAAUUUUGCCUGGGAACCAAAGGGCGACCGGUUUGUUCUGAUCACCACUGGUGAAGUCCCUUCAGGCACCGCGGUCCCACCCAAGACCGCGGUAUCGUUUUUCGCUCCAGAAAAGACCAAGAGCGGUACGGCCGGUAACUUCAAGCUUGUACGAACAAUUGAAAAGAAGACAAGCAACGGUAUCUACUGGUCACCAAAGGGUAGAUUCGUUGUUGUUGCCACCGUACAUUCCCAGCAACAUUUCGACAUCGAUUUCUGGGACCUUGAUUUCGAAGGUGAAAAGCCGGAAGGCGAGAAAGAUUUAAGCGCGAACCUGCAAUUGAUGAAAUCCGCAGAACAUUUUGGUGUCACCGACAUUGACUGGGAUCCUACUGGCCGCUAUGUCGUCUCCAGCGCAAGCGCUUGGACUCACUCGCUCGAAAACGGUUAUCAUAUUCAUACCUUCUCCGGCACCACCCUUGCCGAACACGCCGUCGAAAAGUUCAAACAACUCAUUUGGCGCCCCCGCCCCCCAACCUUCCUUUCCAAGGAAGAACAGAAGAAGAUCCGUCGCAACCUUCGCGAAUAUUCCCGCGAGUUCGACGAGGAAGACAAAUAUGCGGUUGAUAUCGCCAACACCGCAAUUGUGGAAAUGCGUAAGAGACUUCUCAGUGAAUGGACUGCGUGGCUCAAGAAGGAGAAGGAGAUUGUAGAGGAAGAGCGUGAAGCUUUAGGCCUACCCAAAGUGGAGGAAGAGCCUGCUGCCAAACCUGCUCCUGGUGCAGAAGAUGAUACGGUUGUGGAGGAAAUUGUUGAAGAAAUCAUUGAGGAAUCCGAGGAGAUCAUGGCAUGA